AUGCAUGAAUGCACCGCGCUGUUUCAGAAUAAUAUUCCUGAGAAAUUGAAAGAUUCAGGAAGCUUCACAUUGCCAUGUUCUACUAGAGGAAAAGAGGUUGGCCAUGCAUUAUGCGACCUUGGAGCCAGCAAUAAUUUAAUAUCGCUUUCUAUAUUCAAGAAGUUAGGUAUUGGUGAAGCUAGACCCACCACUGUGACCCUGCAAGUUGUUGAUAGGUCAAUAACGCAUCCUGAAGGAAAAAUUGAAGAUGUUCUUUUGCAAGUAGACAAAUUUAUCUUUUCGGCCGACUUUAUUAUUCUAGAUUAUGAGGCAGACAUGGAUAUCCCCAUCAUUUUGGGGCGCCCGUUCCUGGCUACAAGAUGUACAUUAAUUAACGUUCAAAAAAGAGAAUUAACAGUUCGAGUGGAUGAUCAGAAAGUUAAGUUCAACAUGUUUAAUGCGCUAAAAUACCUGGACCACAUUGAAAUUUGUCAAUACAUCGAUGACCUCAGAAUAGAACAUUGGGACGCAAUGCGAAAGAAAUUAGACGAAGAAGAAGUUGAAAAUGACGCAAUCAUGGAAGAAAUUUGCAUGUUGGUGAAAGCAUACCUUGGUCUUGAAUCAUUAAAUCUAUUAGAAUGA